AAACCCUUUUGGUUCAUAAUUAGAAGACUUAGCUUCCUAAAUUUAGGCAUUGAAGACUAUACAUUCCCUCUUUUCAUUCUCAGACCCAAAACUUCCAACCAUUUUUGGCUUCCAAUUAUUAAUGGACGUUAGUUUUGCUUUAAACAGCAAUUUCCCUCUUAAUGCUUCCCUUUUCUCUUCACCAUCCAACUUUUUACACAUUUGUCAAAAACAGUUUUCGUGUUUUUGAUCUUUACACUUUCAAAAAAAUACCCAAAAAGCAAUUUUUCUUUAGGGAAAAAACAAUAAUUAGCUCCGUUUAUUAUCAAGAAAUGUAGUUUGAUUUUCAUGCUCUGCAUUAUCAAAGCAGAAUUGAAGUACUUGAAUUUAUCAAUUCCAUUCACACAAAAUCCUUCUCAGGAAAUACUUAAUUCAUAAAGCCAAGCACAUAAUAUUUUGCACUUCUAUAAUGGCCUCAAACAACAAGAUGAAGGGCCUUUUAAAAGGUCUAAGAUACAUUUCUCAAAUUUUUGAUAAUGAAAAAGAGCCCGAAAUGCAGAUUGGAUAUCCUACAGAUGUAAAGCAUGUUGCUCACAUAGGAUGGGAUGGGCCUUCGGUGAAUUCGCCAAGCUGGAUGAAUGAGUUUAAAGGUGAAGGCAAUGGGGAAGCCAAACCCAAUGGAGAUGAUGCAGCAAAAUGGUCCUCUGAAGAUGCAAGUAGUCAAAGAGGUUCAAGGGGAUCACAAACAGGUCGGGAUAGGGAUUUGCCGGACUUGCCAAAGUCAGCUAGACGGCAUUCAUCAACCGGAGGAAUAGGUGACUCUCCGACCAAGGAAAAAUCGGAAAAAUCAGAAAAGAAAUCAAGGAAAUCUUCAAGAAGUGGAGCAAAGGACUUGGCCGACGGCAAAACGUCAUCCCGGCAAAAGGAUGGAAGUCUCGGCGGCGACUCGUCGUCUAACCCAUCUGACUUGCCCAAAAAAGCUAGGAGAAAGAAAUCCAAAGACGCAUCUGGAAAAUCGUCUCGAUCAAAAGCACAAGCUCAAGAAGUGGAUUGUGGAUCUGAAGCUGUAUCCCAAUCUCUUAGCAUUGAUAACUGUGAAACUGCUUCCACUUUAAGUGCUUUAGAAGAAGAUGAGGCAGAAAAUGGAUUUACUGAAGUAUCUUAGAGAGAGAGAGAGAGAGAGAGAGAAAGACAGACAGACAGACAGAGACAGAGACCUAUGCGUGUAAUUUUUAAAAAUUUGUUAUACCAGUAGCUAGAACUUUUUUUAGUUGAACCAAUGAGAGUUCAAUUUUUUUUUUUUUUUUGUAUUUUUCAUUAUUUUUUCCUCUUCAUGGAAAACUGUCUUAUGGUACACAAACCUGUUGGUACCAAAUCUUUUUUUUUUCCCUUUUUUUUCCCUUGUAAAGAAGAGUCUUAUAUGGUAUAAUCUUACCAUAUUUCAGCUUAGAAGUAUUGAAAGUCAUUCUAUUAACAUGUAAAUGUGAUCUUUUCAUUAUCAUAGAAAAAUGUAUUAUAAAUAUCUUUACCUGUGUUUGCAUCAUGUGAAUAAGUGUGAAGAACAAAGAAUUUGCACUCAAAAAAAAAAAAAAAAAAAAAA